AUGUGUACUCCCCGGGGAGUCCCUAGGGAGUCACCCUCAUACUCCCCAGGGAGUCCCCAACAUAUACAAUCCC